CACUGAAAGUGCGUGCGUGGGAGGUAGAAAAUCUCUUAUUUUGUCAACUAAAUGACUCGUUUCCGUUAUUCUGUUUCUAUUUAGCAGCUAAACAAACAUGGCUCUGCUUCGUUAUUAGAUUACGGCUUUAAAUUUUAAAGAGAUGACAAGGCAAUAUUAUACACAAAUCAAGAGGCAUCGUGCCAAAUACAAAGCCGUAAAUGGAGUUUGGAUGGAUUUAUCGGCUUUAUUGUUGCUGUGUAGCCUUCCGUGAGCGUGUUUACACUUAGCUAGCCCCUCCUGAGGGCUAAUGUGAGCUAGCAAAGAUGGACCUUGGAACAAUGUUGUACAACAAUUUAAAAGAUGUUACGUGGAGUACGACGGCUUUGCCAUUAGAUCAACUCGUUAGAGCUUAUAGGUUGCCUCAAAUCGUCAAGCUGGACAACGGCCAGUUGGUCGAAGGGCUUCGAGACAAUGACUACCUCUUAAUUCAUUCCUGUCGUCAGUGGACAACCAUUACUGCUCACAGUCUCGAGGAAGGACACUAUGUGAUUGGACCUAAAAUAGAAAUCCCUGUUCACUAUGAAGGUCAGUUCAAGCUGCUGGAACAGGACCGAGAUGUCAAGGAGCCCGUGCAAUACUUCAACAGUGUGGAAGAGGUGGCCAAAGCGUUUCCGGAAAGGGUUUACGUCAUGGAAGAAAUCACUUUCAAUGUUAAGAUGGCUUCAGGAGAAUGCAAUGAAGACACUGAAGUUUACAAUAUAACACUAAGCACUGGCGAUGAACUGACAUUAAUGGGCCAGGCUGAGAUCCUCUACGAAAAGACGUCCAAAGAAAAAUCCAGAUUGAACACCAUUUUUAAGAAGAUCGGCAAACUGAACUCCAUCAGUAAGAUGGGUCGGGGCAAGAUGCCGUGCUUGAUCUGCAUGAACCACCGCACCAACGAGAGCAUCAGCCUACCUUUCCAGUGCAAAGGCCGCUUCAGCACUUGCAGUCCGCUGGAGCUUCAGAUGCAGGACGGCGAGCACACCAUCAGGAACAUCGUCGAGAAGACGCGUCUGCCGGUCAACGUCACGGUGCCUUGCGGUCCGCCCCGCAACCAGCACGACCUCCACCUCAUCCGGGAGGGCCAUCGCUACAAACUGGUCAACAUUCAGACCAAGACGGUGGUUGUGUGCUGCGUGCUGCGGAGCAGCAAAAUAAUCCCCAUCCAUUUCCCCUUCCACACGGCUCUGCCUCGAUUUAUUAUUCCCGAGGAGCUUCUGCAAGGCGAGCUGUGGCUGGACACCAUGGUGCAUCGCUGGUUCUCUUUCUGUCAGGAGCAGUUCGACAUUGACGACUACUCUCGCGCUGUCCGAGAUGUGCGGACGGACUGGAGCGACGACGGGAAGAGCCCGAAAAAGCACAGCGGCGGGAACGGCAACUGCUGCGGCGGCGGGACCUCCAACGGAUGUCCCAACAGCAUGCAGGUCCCCAGCUCUUUAACCUACGCCCGCGAUGAACUGACGCAAUCCUUCCACCGGCUCUCCGUGUGCGUUUAUGGCAGCAACUUGCACAGCAACAGUGAAGUCAACUUGCAGGGAUGCAUGAGCCUCUGCGGCGAUUGGGCCCUUUUGCCCUCCGACUGCAUUCCGGCAGACUCGGCGGAAAACGAAAACUUUUCCGCAGAAAAGUUUGACUGCCCCAACGCUCAGGCGUCACUCGUCAAGUCCGACGUUCCCUACGAGGAGCUGUGGUUGGACGAUUUAAAAAGCCAGAUCCCCAAGUCGUCUUUAACCGAGGGCGUUCAAGCUCUUAACAACGGUUGCGUUGGGACAACGGUGACCUCCUCUGUCCCGGUCACGGGCCCCCUUGGCUCACUUAACAUUCCCGACGUGGCUCUCACUCCACCACCAGUCCCGCCCAAAUCCGAAGCUGUGAAAGAAGAAUGCCGCCUGUUGAACGCCCCGCCGAUUCCGCCGCGUAGUUUGAAACAGAUGCCGUCGGUACCGAUGCUGUCCAAGCCUCGGCAGCAAGAGACGCGGUCGCCAAGUCCAACCCUUUCCUAUUACUCCUCUGGCCUCCACAGCAUUAAUGCAAAGUGCAAACAAGAGGCGCAAGAGAAAAGCAACGUGUGCAACCCGUGUAAUUGGGGCUGUCCCGCCAGCGGCGAGCCAGGUGUCGCGUCGCCGAGCAGCAACUUGCCGUCCGACGGGAUGUCGUCCAGGUUGUCUUGGCCCAACAACUUCAGCGGAGGAGAUUGUCGCGCUUUAGAUGACAUUCUGCCCGGCGGCUGCCGCAGCUACUACAGUUACCCGAGGAAUAGGUCCACAAGCAACCCCAAAACCUGUAGCCUCGCCGACUUUGACGGCCGAGAGAGCCCGCGCGGCGUUAAGAGCCUCAGGAAUGACUCUCGAAGUAAGUCCUGCACCAAAUCUUCCAGUUACAAUUCGGAAAUGUACAAAGCCAAACCCAUCGACGGAUGCAACGCCAAGCAGAGCCUGUCGUGCCCCAUCUUACCUCCAAGAACAGCAAAGUCAAACAGCAUGAAGAAGAAUUCAGAGUUAGCAUCGGACUCAGCUUGUGACGCUCAGCAAGACACCUCGACUUCCUGCCUCAUUACGCAACAGGAAGAGGACGUUCAAAAGCAGAUUUCCAUCUCAAGCAGAGAAUUUCCAGGCGUGUUACCGGGGUCUUCGUCAGCACACUGGCAGCCCCCGCCCAGCCUGGCCGGCCUCUCCAUAGAACAGGUGUCCAAAUCCCUGCGAUUCAUCGGUCUGCCCGACGACGUCACGGCCCUGUUUAUUUCCGAGAAGAUCGACGGCAACUUGUUACUCCAGCUCACCGAAGAGAUUCUCUACGAGGACUUCGAACUGAGCAAACUGCAAGUGAAGAAACUCAUGCAGUUCAUUAACGGUUGGAGACCCAAGAUCUGACUACGGCAGAGACCAGACCGCCUUGGGCGAAGUACUCGCUAUGCACCCCUCAGCCGCGAUGUGACCUUAUUUUCCAAGUCAGCACAUUGAGGCGGGACCCUUCCCAUCGCCCUUUAAAUCUGUGACUGGAAUUAUUUAGCACUUUUGAUUGGGUCAUUUUUCACGUCUGUCAUGAUUUUUCGUUUUGUCUCCGAGCAUUCAUGCCGACACAUGUAUAUUUUUAAAAAAUGGGGGGGGGGGGAAAUCGGUCAUUAAUAGGACUGGUGCAGGGAAUGUGAGGAUCUGCAAAAAAAGAAACAAAAUACAAGGCUAUAGUAUCUACAGCUAUAGUUUGACACAUUUUGAGCUGCAUAGGUACAGUGUAUUGAGCUCAAAACCAAACUCUCCAGAACAGGCUGUGGGGUACACACGUUGAUUUUUACCGUCUGGACAAAAUUUUAAAAUGUAACAGAUCCCACAUGUCAAGGAAAAAAAAGAAAAAAAAAAUAUGUUCUUACUGCACCUGUAUUGUGUGGUGUACUCCAGAGCACACCGGCCCCAUUAUGAUGCCUCCACCCCCAAUCGGGAGUCUACUCCUCAAACCAAAAAUCAGGUCGAGUACCAAAAUCCAUCUGCGGGAGGGAGUAUUUUGCCAGUAAACUGACCCACCCACAAUAGAUUAAAAUCUGCAAUAACUAGUCAUUUUACCCCUUAAAAAUACUUAAAUGUAUUGAAUGAAACUUAUAAAAAAAAGUCUUCAAUAGCACCUGACCUCACUCAGAACUCUACAAAUAAAGAGGUGCAGCGUGCUUGCUUCAA